AUGAGGGGUCUAUCGCUCAGCUGCAUUCUAACAUGCCUUUUGCUCGCCGUCUUCCUGCCCUUUCUCUCUGAAGCCGCGGUGGUGCGGCUUCAGCGCAUCAAGAUCUUCCAGACGCAUGACCUACCCUUCUGGAAGCCAUCCGUGUACUUCCAAUGCGAGGGAGAACCCAAGCACCAGCUCGACGGUGUGGUGGAAGCAAACGUGGACUACAAUUUCACUCUGCAUGAGCCCUUUCAGCCCUUGACAGAGCUCACGGAGGGCCACUGCAAGCAGUGUGGUUUCUACGACGCGGACACGUUGACAGAGGACGAUGCGUUUGACCGCUUCAACCUGUGCCCCCUGGACUUCGCUCCCGCGCCAUCUGGCCGCCUCACUCGGCUCGUGGAAAACGAGCUGAAUGUGACGUUUGUCUGCCCUCAUUGCAACUCUGACAGAACCUCACGGUCCUCUGGAGAUGAGUUUGAGGGCACAGACACCAACAAUGUGAAUCUACUGAACGUUUUCCUCAUAGUGAUUGCCGUUGUUACUGGCAUCAGCUGCCUCACUGGCCUUCUUGCCUUUUGGCUGAAAUCUGGAGCUUGGCCACUCUUCAGACGACGGAUGGACAGCGACACAGCGAAGUUUAUGGAGAUGUUUGACGAGGAGGAUGAGCUCCUAGAUGGAGAUGAUGAAAGUGGCGGAGAUGUUGAAAUGGGAGAAGCAGCUGCAUCAGGCCGACAUGGACCUCAUUACCGGGACGACUAA